AUGCGGAGACUCCGGGCGCUCCGAGGUCUCUUCGCUUGUGGAGGCUGCUGGUCCCGGCCUCCCGUUCGGGAGGAUGGAGGCAGGGCGGCAGAGUCCGUCCCUGCAGCCGUCCCCACCUUUGCUGGGCGAGUGGCUUCUCUGUCAAACCGCCUGCAAGAGGAGGAGGGCGACAGAGCGGAGGUCUACCGAGAGCUGGAGAGAGUCCUGCAGGGCGACGACGGCUGCGUGCAGAGCGCUGUCCUGGCCAGAGUGAUCGCAGCGGCCUCGAGGGACAUGAGAGCGGCGCAGGGCGUGACGGAGCAGGUGCGGACGGCCGCCAGCGACGUCCUGGUGGCUCUGGCCCGCUGCCACUUCGACAGCGUCAUGUGCGAGCUGCAGUGCCGCCUGAGGGCCCUGGGAGAGAUCUCCGAGGACCUCGUGUUCGUCACCUUGGGCAAGCUGGCCAGCAGCUACGCCCUGCGGUGCGUCCCCUUCGUGGGCAUGACGCUCUUCGCCCUGCGCACGAUGCUGAGCCAGGUGGGGAGCAGCCGGACCCUGCGCGCCGUCUGCAGCGUCCUGGAGCAGUGGUCGAAGGCCGUGAACAGCUACCUGGGCGCCUGGGAGCAGUGCAGCUUCCCGCGCGUGGGGCAGGCCCAGCUCUGCAGCAGCAUUUCCCCGCUCUUCGGCCACGCGGUGGGGAGCUGGCUGGGCUGCGAGGAGGAGGAGGCCAAGCAGGCCGUCCUGGGGGCGAUGGCUGCCAUGAUGGGCCUCCUCGUGCGCGAGGAAGAGCACCGCGAGCGCGUGUGGGAGCAGCUCCCCUGGCUCCUGGGCCAGUACCAGCAGGUCCAGGACUCUUUCCGGGUGACCAAGGCUCUGAGUUAUUUCCUGGCGGUUUUGGGGGAAGUGCAGAUCCCCAUCCCCCAGGACGAGGUUGAGGCCAUCGGCACCGCUGUGCACUGCCAGCCCGAGUUUGCCCUGAGGACACGGUGGCCUUUCUGCGCUCGCAGCUGGGGAGUCGGAGCGAGGCCGCUCGCGUGGUGUCCUUGGAUCUGCUCGGAGCCCUGGUGCGCCCCACAGCAGAGAGAGGCCAGAGCCUGCCCCUGCUCGUGCAGGCGGUGCGCUGCGCGCUGGGAGACCCCAGCAGGAAGGUGGCGAGGGCAGCGCUGCGCUUCACCAAGGAGCUGCUGGGCUGCAGCGUCCAGAGCUGCUCGGCCUGGGACCUGGUGGCCCACGUCUUCGCCACGUUCAGCCAGGCCUCCGGCAGACUGGCGCAGGGAAAGCUGUCUGAGGCAGAAGCGCAGGAAGCAGCAGAUCUUCAAGCCCUGUGCUUGGACAUCCUGCGCUCCCUGGACGUCUCCGUCCGGGGGACUCCUGUGGCUGCGGCUGCUGCAGUACGUGGUGCCAGCCCAGUACACCGGCACGUUGGUGCCGCUCUGCCGGUGCCUGCGAGAGCUGGCCGAGAGCCGGGGGAGAGCAGGGGGCGAGGACGGAGAGGAGGAGCCCAACGUCGCGGCCUCCCGGCAGCGAGCCAAGCUGCCGAGGCCGCAGGCCCUGCUGGCUCGCCUGCUGGUGGUGGCGGCGGCUCCUCACGCCGGCGGCGGCUGCGGCGUCGCUGCCCUGCGGCUGCUGCGGGCCCUGUCCGCAGAGAUCCACGGCGCCCUGGGGAUGGUGUGGGCCGUGAAGAUCCCCUUCCUGCUGCAGUGCCUGGAAGGGCAAAGCGAGAGCUGCCUGGACUCUGCCGAGUGGGAGCAGCUCCUGCUCAAGUUCCUGAGGACGUCGCUGGAGACGAUCGAGAGCCAGGCCUGGACCGUGGGCCUGAGCUUGGAGCUGAGCCAGCAGACGGGCAGCUACCCCCGGCCGUCCCGGGAGCGGGUGGGUCCCUGCCGAGGCCUCGUUUCUGCGGGAGCCGAGCGGAACGGCCGGGCGCCGCGGCCAGCUCAGCCGGGCCUGGUGCGGGCUGGCCUUCCUGUAUAA